GUCCCAUCUCUGCUUUCACAAAAACAAACAGGUAUACUGUUAGCAGUAAACACAACGUAAAAUGUUUUUUCUUCUUUAACUGUUUCUCGAACAUCAGAAUGAUAUCUAUACAUGUGUGUUUUGUUUAAAUCAUAUUGAAAUGGAAGUAGAUGAAGUUUCAAAAGGACGAGAAAUAAAUGGCCAACCUAAUGAAAAGACACGGUCAUUCAACGAUGAGAAGGAAAAUAUUCUCUGUGAGAAUAUGCUAAACCACGUAGCAGUUAACAAGCUUGCGCAUUUCAAAAGUCAGCAGGUGGGAGAACCAGAACUGAGCACGCAACAGAAGAGGGAUAUAGCGAAAGAGCUUCUAAUACGGAACCCAGAACAGUUUCUUGCGAGGUUUGGGAACCACCUUGAGGAAGAACAUUUAGACUAUUUUUCGGGUGUGAAAUUUGAUACGUACGAAAUCCAAUUUCAUCUCAAACAGUUGCGAAGAGGACUCAGCAAGAAAAAGAAACAGAUCGACAUACGAAAUAGGAGAUACCAAGCCUUAAAGAAAUUAUUGGAUGAAGGGACAUACUUCAGUGAGACAGAAAUGAUGAAACGAAAUCCACUUUUAUAUGAACAGCUAAUUGGGCAGUUCCUCACCAAGAAAGAAAUAAGAAAUAGAGAUAAAUGUGAUGAAAAUGCAAAAACAUUUCUGUCAAUACUGAUGGAUCAGCUGGACAGAGAAGAAAUAGAGCGUCUGAAACAACAACAAAGAGACGAUGAGGAGGCAGCAGUGGAGGAAGUUGAUACCAGUGAUGAAGAAUCAGAAGAAAAUAAUGAAAUAAAUGAACAAGAUUCAGUGAGGGAGGAAGAAGAAGAAGAGGAUGAUGAGAGUGAUAAUCAGAUGAGUCCUUCACAGAGUGACAGAGAGAAUGAUGAUAAUGAGGCUGAGACUAGUCGAAAUAGCUCUCAAAAGCCAAAGAAAUUGUCUAGGAAAGAGAAGGAGCUUCUCCGAGAAGAAUUUGUCACCAGCAUGUAUCAGAGUUUUCUUGAUGGGAAUGAUAAGGAUUUUGAUUACAGCAGCAAGGUGGAUGGUAAUCCAGACUAUGAGUGCCUGGCAGUUCGCACACAAGAUGAGGAAGAAAAGUAUUUUGAUGCCGAAUCACCAGAGAUUUUAUCAGGAGAUGAAGACAAUACCUGUGCCAUGCAGCAGGGUAAUCGCUGCGACGAUGAUGAUGAUGAUGAAGAGGAUGAACUAGAUUUAUUCAUGAAAAACUUGAAACCUGAAGCAACACCAAGUGACCUUGCUACUGAAAUGGAGAAAAUAUAAAUCAGAAAUUUUGUGAUAUGUAUGUAGACCAUAGAAUGGUUCAUUGUUUACUAUUGGACAGAGAGAUUAUUGGAGGAGUAUGGCAGCAAAUUAUGGAGACUGAUACUCUGUAAAGAUUGAGGCACUGUUAUUAAGACAGGUUUAAUGUUGUUGACAAGUUCUCCAAAGUUAUUGUUUCCACAUUUGGAAAAAGCAAUAAAUGUUUCAACUGUAACCAUUCGCCUGAUUUGAUUUCAUUCAAUACAUUUAUUGCCAGUAGCAUGUCUUCAGUUUUUGUAUUGGCAUUAGGCUUGCAAUGACCAUGCGAAAUUGCGCACAUUCCCUUAAAUGAUUUAAAUCAUACCUGCAGAAGUCCAUUCGAUUGAUAGCAUUUUCAUUCUUUUUUCUCCCCAUAAAAUACAAUUAUUUAUGUUUGUAUGAUUAAUUCUAAUUUCGAUAUAUUUGUUGGACUGUGGACAUGUGUCCUCUUCCAUAUUUACCCUUUUUCUAUAAUUUAAAACCAUAGUUUUUCAAAAGUCAAAUGAAAGUACUGUGAGUACUUUUCUCACAUCUCCACAUCAUGCGUUAAUCUUUUUUAUUUAGCAAUUUUACCAUUUGUUAAUUAAAGUGUAUUAUAAAUAAGACAUUCGUGGCAUGAUUGUUCACACUUAGUGUUCCUUUAAAUUGGUGUUACAGUUAUUCAUAAGUAAUGUCUCUGUUGUAACUAGAUACAUGAUAAAUAUCAAAUAACUACAGAGAAGUAAUUUGGUGCACAAAAAUUCACAAUCCAAAUGAAUUUUGUCCAUAAUAUACUUCUAUCUCUUAACUUUCUGAAAUGGUAUUUAACUGGAUUGUUGGUAACUCAGAAACUUAAUUUUGCAACUUCUUCUUAGAGAAAGAUUAAUGCAGUGAAAUAUAAUGUUUAUGUUCAGUUCAGUCUCACUAAUUUUAGCCACACUUCAAA